AUGGGUGCGCGCAUACCUGUUGACAGAAGGCGUGCGUCCAUUACCAUGUAUGAUCCUGCCCGAGAUAUGUAUACCGUCUCUGAUGAUAGCCCCCAGAUAGCCAAUGCGGCGAAGCACAUCAACGCUCAUGAGCUAGCCCAAGAGGAAGAGACAAACGAUGGAGCUUUGCAUUAUCAAGGAUCUACUGCUGUUCAUAAUAAUGAAGCCGAGUCAUCAAAGGGCACUCCGCCCAUCCACUCCGCGCUGCAGGAAACUAUCGAUAGUGGCGGCAGAGGCUCAAAACCUGAAAGAAACUUCUCUUCACCUCACAACAAUAACAAAAGCACUGAACCUGCCCCGAAGGCCUCUCUUUCGGUUCAAUCCAUCCAUAACAACAAACUAAACCCUUCCGUUGCUUUUACUGUUCAAAUGGGGGCUUCGUCCGAUACAGCGCACGAUGAAUUACCGCGCAAUGGCGGAUCUCCUUCUCGGAGCCCCAAUCCGACUCACGAUGGACACACCGAAGCAUACGAUAACAGAAGAAAAAACAAAGCUGAUAACAAUGAAAAAAAGAGAAAAUUCCCCGAAAACCAACCCUCACCAGAGAAAACAGAACCUGCUCCCGAACAACGACCGGUGUCUAAGCGCAAACGACAGGAAGAAAGCUCACUGAAGCAUAAAAAAAGGGCUAAAGCUCCGCCGUCUGCUUACUCCCUUCGAGAUCGUUCUCCCACCCCAACCCGUCGGUCCCGAUCUCCCGAUCUCAGACAUAAAGGCAUCCAAACGCGUCGGGAACGGUCACCUUCUCCAAUCCGUCGUUCGGAAUCUCCUGAUGCUUCCGCUCCAAGACAAAGAAAGAGACCAGGCGGAGCUGCUCGGAUCAGUUCUGCAAAUCUCGAAGCGUUGAAACGCAGACAAGAGGAACGGGAACGGCAGAGGGAAGAGGAAGCCAAGGUCGCAUUACGGGAGCGCGGGGUCCAUGACGUCGUGCGUCAACAUUAUAACGCGGUUCCAGAAAGAGGCAGGGAAUGGCGGAAGACGGAUAGCCGGAUAAAGGGCUUGCGCAGUUUUAACAAUUGGAUUAAAAGCACUGUCAUCCAGAAGUUCUCUCCCGAUGAGGAAUUCUUGGCUCGAGCGAAUGGGAGGAAUUGGGUUGGCGCGGAGCCUACGGAAGAGAGGAAACUGCUCGUCCUCGACAUGGGAUGUGGAAAGGGUGGGGAUUUAGGCAAGUGGCAGCAAGCACCACAGCCAGUAGAUCUUUAUGUGGGAUUGGAUCCUGCGGAAAUAUCUAUCGAACAGGCUCGCGAGAGAUACAUUACUAUGAAAAGGGGGAAAGACAGGAUGAGUCGUCGAGGCCAUCAGCUUUUCCAUGCGGAAUUUUAUCCCAAGGACUGUUUCGGUGAAUGGGUUGGUGAUAUCCCGAUUGUGCAACAGGUUGGUAUUGAUGGAAGUGUUGGUCCUGGUGGGUCGAUGAUGGCGGCUCGCUGGGGCGGCGGUGGCUUUGACAUUGUCGUUUCCAUGUUUAGCAUGCACUAUGCCUUUGAGAGCGAAGAAAAGGCCCGGCAGAUGCUGCACAAUGUCGCAGGUUUGUUGAAGAAGGGCGGCCGGUUCAUUGGCGUGGGACCCAAUUCAGACGUGCUCAGCGCUAAAGUUGUAGAAUUCCAUGAGAAGAAAAAACAGCAGGAAGCUGCUGUUGCAGCUGCGAAACUUGGUGAUGCUGGCGAACGUGAAGAUGGCGAGGUAGAAGAAUCGCCAAUGAUGGUGCCCGAAUGGGGGAAUAGUAUCUAUCGUGUCCGGUUUCCCGGAGAGACACCCGUGGAUGGCAUUUUCCGGCCUGCGUUUGGCUGGAAAUAUAGCUAUUUCAUGGAAGAGGCCGUUGAAGAGAUCCCAGAAUAUGUGGUACCGUGGGAAGCUUUUCGAGCUUUGACGCAGGAUUACAAUCUGGAGCUCCAAUACCGCAAGCCUUUCUUGGAUAUAUGGAAAGAGGAGAAGGACGAUCCUAUCCUGGGACCGCUUAGUGAGCGUAUGGGCGUGCGGGCGCGAGGGGGUGGGCCUAUGCUUGUGAAAGAUGAGGAACUGGAAGCUGCUAGCUUUUACCAUGCUUUUUGCUUCUACAAAGUUUGA